AGUCCUCGUUCAUCUCCCCUGGCCCUAGCCAAGCUACCGAUCCUCACCCAGUAGACGUAGAGGUAGUGGUACAAGCACUAGCAGCCUUAGCCUUCUGUUGCAACGAACCUGAACCAGCAGUGUCAACAAACUUCGACAUACUACGCCUCAAGAGCGUCAUCGCAGUGCCUUCGGUUUUUCUGGUCGGAGGGUAUCUCCAAUAGUACUGCCUUCAAGGAGGACCAACAAACUAGCCUUUCGAUUUCUCCACGCACCCAAAAGAUGAUCUAUUCCAACAAGAUGGUCCACCUGAUCCUCAACAAGAAGACGGUGUUUCUCCUUCUCUCCACGUUCAUCUUCAUGUUCGGGCAAGAAGUCAGUGGCGCUGGCGUCACUUCAUCUUCAUCUUCGUCUUCGUCUCCACGUUCAUCUUCAUCUUCGUCUUCGAGCAAGACGAUGAAAGUCGCGCCGGCGUCGUCCUCCUCGCGAGGGGCUCCUACUUCUGCUGAUGCGUUCCUUCCAGGCGGACGCCGUUCUUGCGGGGUUGCGUCUGCGUCGUCGGGGGCUGCGGCAGAUCGUGCAGUUCGAGUUUCUCCGACCACCACAUCGGAUCAGAAUUACCAAGCAAGGGAGCCUUACUUACGGCUACAUCAGGUCGAGGAUCGUGACCGGCACGGGCCGAAGGGCGGCCAACAUCAACCGAACUCCUGUUGCCUCUGCUUCAGACAUUUUCUCGUCGGCUCGGGAAUCUGCGUCUUGUCGGUUGGGAUUUAUGUGGGAUUAUAUUGCGAGGAGCCAGUGGCACCACCUUGCGGCGACGCCGAGUACAGACUCUUCGAUGGUUGGGAUCGCUACGGCUACUGUAAACCACAAAGCGAUUUGCAGUGCCCGUGGACUUUUGACGAGCGGAUGAAAACUAUUGCACCUUCUGACGUCGUGAACCAGACCUUGCAGCAGAUCACCGACUGUGUCAACCGCGAACUACUGCCCCGCCAAGAAGCCGGCUAUACUCGCUUCUCCUUCUUUCUCGGGCCGAUGGAAGAGUGGUUCGGGCGCGAGAGACGGAGCUUUUAUGUCUCAAACAUUCCAACACCCUGGGCCGCGGGCUCGACGUCCUCCACCUCUUCGAGCGGUAGUUCUGGCCGCACUCAGCAGGCGCUACAACUCGAGCAUGAGCUCUGGGAGAAGUUGCAAAAGGUACUCGAACAACAAGUGCGAAAAAGUGGAAAUUAUAACCUCGAAGGAAGUCCCCUGGCAGCUCUCGAACACGACAAAGCCCUGAAAAAGAUGCUUUCCGAUGUUCAUCUUCUGCCAGAAGGUGCAGCUUCAACCGAGGACGGCUCCGCCUACGUCACGGUCGUCGAUCCCAAGAACGGGGACUGCAAGUCGUUUCUAGUCACUUGCGCCUUGGACCAACAAGAAGGUUGGGGUCCUUUCACGAAAAAAUUGGGGUGCGAGCCGGCUAUGAGGCGCAUGAACAAAAGGCAGAACCGGUCGUCUCGCUUGAAAGAGAAGUUUGGGGUUCCUGAGGGACUCGAAUUACAGCCGAGGCACGUGAUCGCGAAAUGCGUUGAAGAUGUGGUCAAGCGGCCGUCUAGAACGUCUACUGCCACUGCAGCUGUGACGGCGUCGGACCUAGGACCAGUGUCCUCGUUGAGAAGAGGAGGCAGCGUGGACAUGGAGCAGGAUGGAAAAAAUGCAGGAGAGGCGGCAGGACCAGGAGUUCUUGUACAGCCGGGAGCAGAAAAAUGAAAGCCAAUGAUGAUGAUCAUAUCUCACGGUGCCGAGGUCGAGGACUCAAGCUAUAAUACAGCUCGUCACAGUAGAAAACUAAAGCACACCUUAACUGUAGACUCACGGUCACGUCGAGGUCUUUACCGACAAGAAGACACGACCAAAGUCUACUUUCUUGACGUACUUAUUGAUUCUUACGCAAAAGAUAAGUAAUUCUGAAAUGCAAACACAUAGACAUACACAAGUUUCCCACGAAAGCAGUUUUCGAAACUAAGACAAUUUUUGUACUUGUUGACGAACUUGGAUGCGGUAUCCUUUGUCGACGCACUCGGAUGCUAAGAGAUUUUUUGUACUCUGUAGACUUACGGCUGACGAAUUGGAUGCGGUAUCCUCGGUACGUAGGGACAAGCUGGACGAAACCAUUCGUCGCUAUACCACAGAAGCUGCUCCUCGACUCCAUUUUCGCGAGAAGGGAAAAGGGGAGGGCUCUCUUGUAUUAAUUUCGUGCUAUUUGUCAUGCAUGAUAAAUUGCAUUUCAUGGCAUUGGCACUUGGCACCAGAACAAGUUUCAUCGCAUGGAGUUCCGCGGUUUUUGCACUGUCGACGAUGUGAGAGCAAUGUGCUGUCACGCGUAGCGAUACGGAACAAGACACGGCGCAUCGGCAUCAAACAUGUCUAAAUUUGGUUUCCGACAGCGUUAUUUAAAGUAGAAUGAUGCUGGAACUAGAAAGAAAUCUGAAUGUUCGGCGUGAGUUUAUAAUUCUCGUGCUGAUCAUGUUGAAAAUAAAAGCGAAUAUCAAAGAACCACAGAGCAGACUUCUAUAGUGGCAGGAGCCUUCAAUAACACUAGUAGUGAACAAAUAAAGCGCGACAAUUGUUUGUCAAAGCUGUUUAUUUUAU